UGGUUCGCGAAUACUCCAGCCUGGCACAACAGAGAGCAGUAUACUCUCCUGCAAACAGCGGGCUCCCUGUGUUGUCUUCUGACGCGACCAUCACACAACACCAAAACAGGCAGCCAUGACGGAGGCGCGGAAGAUCGUCAUCGCCAAGAGGUUCGAGGGAGAGCCGAAAGUAACCGACUUCAGGGUCGAGACGGAACGACUGCCAGCUCUGCAGGAUGGACAAAUGUUGUGUGAGACGACGUACAUCAGCGUGGACCCCUACCAGCGGGUAGCCGCGAUACGGCUACCCAUUGGAAGCACCAUGGUCGGUUCGCAGCUCUCACGCAUCGUGGAGAGCCGUGCACCAGGGUACGCGGCAGGUCAAUAUGUGGUCGGCUUCUGGGGCUGGCGCGACCGCACGGUGGUUACCUUGGCAGACACCGGCAGCGACAUCCUGCCGCCGAUGCUGGUGCCGGACUACGGGGACCUUCCCAUGUCGCUAUCGCUGGGGGUGUUUGGCAUGCCAGGAGCCACCGCCUACUUCGGACUGCUCGACAUCUGCGACCCGAAGCCUGGAGAGACCCUGGUCGUCAGUGGCGCAGCGGGCGCUGUAGGGUCCAUAGUCGGACAGAUAGCUCGCAUCAAGGGCUGCAAGGUCAUCGGCAUAGCAGGCUCUGACGCAAAGGUGAAGUGGCUAAAGGAGGAGCUGGGUUUCGACGAGGCGAUCAACUACAAGACGUCGGACGUGGAGAAGGCGGUAGCGUCGGCAGCGCCAUCAGGCGUCGACGCCUACUUCGACAACGUGGGCGGAGCCGUGAGCCAAGCAGUUUUGGGCAACAUGCGGCCCCGAGGCCGCGUCUGCCUCUGCGGCAGCAUCUCGACGUACAACCAGGACAGCGUCCCCACGGCGCCCGUCGCCGAGACGCAGGUGCAGGACCGCCAGCUCAGGAUGGAAUGGAUCAAGAUGAGCUCCCGGUGGGGACGCCGGGACGGCGCCUUCGCGGAGAUGGCACAGUGGAUCAGGGAGGGCAAGCUCAAGUACAGAGAGACGGUGACCGACGGCUUCGAGAAGGCGCCGCAGGCCUUCGUCGGUAUGAUGAAUGGGGAGAAUUUGGGCAAGGCGGUCGUUAAAGUGUAACACGGCGCCGCUUCCCCGAAUGUGAGAUGCCUCAGCUCGCUCUAUGCCAACAGCUUAGUGACCGUGAACAUUACGAGACAAGAAACUUCCUGGCAGAUUAAAACUGUGUGCCGGACCGAGAUUCGAACUCGGAACCUUUGCCUUUUGCGGGCAAGUGCUCUACCAACUGAGCCACCCAAGUACGAUUCACGCCCCGUCCCCACAGGGAGGUAGGAGACGAGGUACUGGCAGAAGUAAAGCUGUGAGGACGGGGCUGAGUCGAGCUUAGGUAGCUCAGCUGGUAGAGCACUUGCCCGCGAAAGGCAAAGGCCCGAGUUCGAGUCUCGGUCCGGCAUAUAAUUUUAAUCUGCCAAGAAGUUUUACACAGCGCACACUCCGCUGCAGAGUGAAAAUCUCCUUCUGGAAACAUCCCCCAGGCUGUGACUAAGCACGUCUCCACAAUAUCCAUUCUUUCAGGAGUGCUGACUCUGCAAGGUUCGCAGGAGGGCUUCUCUAAAGUUUGGGAGGUAGGAGACGAGGUACUGGCAGAAGUAAAGCUGUGAGGACGGGGCUGAGUCGAGCUUAGGUAGCUCAGCUGGUAGAGCACUUACCCACGCAAGGAAAAGCUCCUGAGUUUGAAUCUCGGUCCGGCACACAGUUUUAAUCUGCCAGGAAGUUUCACCUAAGUGCACACUUCGGUGCAGAGUGAAAAUCUCAUUCUGAUUAUGAGACACGUUUGGUGCAUCGAAAGUGCACUGAUCGGAAAAACUAUGUCUGACAAAUGAAAGCUGGGACUUUUCUCUGACGUACCACAAGGCAUGAUGAAUAUACAGUACCACUUUCGCUGAUAUGCGGUAGGGAGCUUAUGUUGAGCAGAAAGAUACUGAACCAUAAUAAAUUUAUUAACGGUUCUAAAUACUCUAAUGAAUUCAUUUUCAAAGCAAAAAUCCAAGAAUAAAAUUGACAGAGAAGGCUAAAUUUCAACUACUGACUGAUGGUUAACACCUCAGAAGGGCAACAAUAGAAAAUCACUGAAACAUGGUGAUCAAGGGAAGGUAUGAUUCGGUUACGAUUGUGUACAGGGCCAUAAUCAGUUACUGUUAGUAGCCAUUUACAGUUAGACACAUUACACACAUUUCUCUUUAAAACAUUAACUCCAGACUCAACAAUAAAUAAAAAAUUCCACAUGUUAUUGAUACAGGAAUAAACAACUGUGC